GGUUGAAUGUAUUCAUCAUUGCACCGGCGCUGGAGUUUGUUAUUAUCGUAUUGUAUUGAUUAUUACUAGCGACCGUCUUUAAAACGCGCGUAGACGUUGAUUUUAUGUGAAAGCAAAUGAAUAAUUAUCGAAAAUGGAGUGAGGAUAAUAAAAAGUAUACAUUCAUGCAGGAGUAUAUCUAUUAUUCCCAUAAUAACUGCACUUGCCCUGCAGUUAUUUUUGAAGAAAGGCAGGUGACAGGACAGAUCAAAAAAGUUUGAUUUUUGUAAUAGCACUGAAAUAAAGAUGAUAUUCUUCAUAGAACCAAAUACUUCCUGCUAACAAGUCUUUCAGUAUAAACACGAAAACAUGGAUUCUGCCACUGAGCUGGAGCUUAUAGAAAAGUUAGCGAAAGAAGCAGAGAGUUUAAAGAUACGUUUAGACGAUGAGCGACAAAAAUUGAAUGACAUUACUCUUGCUAGUAUAGCAGAUAGACUUGAAAUAAUCAGUUGUAUCAAUGUAAAACCACGUCGUAUCUUGAAAGGACAUCAAGCGAAAGUUCUUUGCUCAGAUUGGUCCCCUGAUAAGCGUCACAUCGUAUCAUCCUCACAGGAUGGAAAAAUGAUAAUAUGGGACGCUUUUACAACAAAUAAAGAACAUGCUUUGACUAUGCCAACCAUAUGGGUUAUGGCUUGUGCUUAUGCUCCGAGUGGUGGUCUCGUUGCUUGCGGAGGACUAGAUAACAAAGUUACUGUCUAUCCCUUGAGUCAAGAAGAUGAUGUAUCAACUCGUAAAAAGACUGUUGCUACACACACGUCUUACAUGUCUUGUUGCGUGUUCCCUAAUAGCGAUCAACAAAUUUUGACCGGUAGUGGAGAUAGUACGUGUGCUUUAUGGGACGUAGAAAGUGGUCAACUAUUACAGAGUUUUCUUGGACACUCCAGUGACGUUAUGUCGAUCGACCUGGCGCCGAGUGAGACUGGUAACACGUUCGUCUCCGGUAGUUGCGAUAAAAUGGUUUUAAUAUGGGACAUGAGGACCGGCCAAUGUGCUCAAAGCUUCGAAGGACAUCAGUCUGACGUUAACUCUGUAAAAUUUCAUCCAGGCGGUGAUGCCGUGGCGACUGGUUCUGACGAUGCAACUUGUCGCCUUUUCGAUUUACGUGCCGACAGAGAAAUAGCGGUGUACGCAAAGGAAAGUAUCAUAUUCGGGGCGAAUGCAGUUGACUUAAGCGUCAGCGGACGUUUACUUUUUGCCGGUUACAAUGAUUACACUGUAAAUAUAUGGGAUACUCUGAAAUGUCAGCGAGUUGCAUUUUUAUACGGACACGAGAAUCGAGUAUCUUGUUUAAGAGUUUCUCCGGACGGGACCGCCCUUUCUACUGGGAGCUGGGACUCAACUCUACGAGUUUGGGCUUAAUUGAAUUAAAAUCAAAUCUCUCAUGUUACUAACGAUAGUUAAAGUUGUUCCCGUGUGCAGAAUGUACAUUUCAAAAAUUACAUAACAACGUAAAACCUUUGUUUUUUUUAUUAAAUUGUUUCGAACUAAUGAGACGUGCGAAAUAUCACGUGACAUAAGAACGUGAUACGAAUAGUAGAUAGAAAAUGAGACAGGUCACGAAUCAUGAUACUUAGUCACGAUUUUAAUGAGAUUGAUCAUUUUUAGGCUGGUCCUAAUUUAUAGAAAUCGAGUGCAGACAGUUAGUUAUAUCUAUUUAAUCAACUACAGUAUUAUAUGAAACUAAACAAUAAAAAAAUUAGUUCAUUCA